AUGGCACCGGAACUAGCACAACUCCAGCAACAACACCACUCAACAAUCCAACGACACCACCAGAGCCACACCAAGAUUACAACGAUUAGACAAAUGCCUUCGAUUGAAGAACUCUUGAUGGAAAUUAAAGAAACUGAAGAAGAGGUUGCUAGAUGGAGGGAAGCCUGUGAGAUGGAAGUGGAAGCUGGAAAGAGUGCUGUUGAAGAACGUGACGAAGUGGUUGCCAUUCUAAAACAAGAGUUGGAAAAGACAAAGGCUGCUUUGUACAUAUCAAACGGCAAAUUGAGACUGAAAGAAGAACUAGCAGCUGCUGCAAUGGCUGCCCAGGCAGCAUCAGAGAAGUCUCUUCAAUUGGCUGACAACAGGGCUGCGCAACUCCAAGAGCGGAUUGAGGAGUUAACAAGACAAUCAGAAGAAGCAGAAAAGAGGGAGCCGAGUAAACACCGAAGGAUAAGGCAUAUUUGCUGGCCAUGGCGAGCUCUUAAGCUCAACCCUGCUAAUGGUACAAACAUUAACAUUCGAAAUGUGAAACGAAUGCUACCAGAAAUGCAAGCCUUGCUUCAUUCUAGUGUCUGA